UUCAAGAUGGCGUCUGCAAACGUCGCUGAAGUAACUGAAGUACUCGAACCUUCGAUUCAAAAUAUCAUCGAACAGACAACGCUGCGAUGGGUUUUUGUCGGCGGAAAAGGUGGUGUUGGUAAGACAACAUGCAGUUGUAGCAUUGCCCUUCAACUUGCCAAAACUAGAGACAGUGUCUUGAUCAUUUCAACUGAUCCUGCUCAUAACAUAUCAGAUGCAUUUAACCAGAAAUUUAGCAACACUCCAACAAAGGUUCAAGGCUGCGACAACCUUUAUGCAAUGGAAAUAGACCCUAAUGUGGGAUUUUCUCAUCUUCCUGAUGACCUUUUUGAUGAGCCAGACUUGAUGUCCAUGGGUAAAAGUAUGGUAAAGGAGCUUUUAGGAGCCUUUCCUGGAAUUGAUGAAGCCAUGAGUUUUGCUGAGGUUAUGAGGCUAGUUAACACGAUGGAUUUUAGUGUAGUGGUGUUUGACACAGCUCCAACAGGCCACACCCUUAGACUACUCGCUUUUCCAUCAAUCAUUGAAAAAUCUCUUGGAAAAAUUUUAACCCUGAAGAACAGUAUUGGGCCAUUUGUCUCUCAGUUUGGCUCGUUGCUUGGUAUACACGAUAUGAAUGCAGAUCAAAUGACCAAGAAGUUAGAAGAUACUCUGCCUGUGAUACAGCAAGUCAGUCAACAGUUUAAAAAUCCGGAUCACACCACGUUCGUAUGCGUUUGUAUAGCAGAGUUUCUGUCCCUUUAUGAAACAGAGAGAUUAGUUCAAGAGCUCAGCAAGUCAGAUAUUGACACGCACAACAUCAUUGUCAACCAACUGAUUUUCCCCGACAAAGAGAAAGCAUGCGCGUUAUGCCAAGCCAGAUAUAAAGUACAGAAUAAAUACCUUGAGCAGAUUCAAGACUUGUACGAAGACUUUCACAUUGUAUCCCUGCCUCUCUUGGCUCACGAAGUGCGAGGUCAAGAAAAACUUGAACAAUUUUCCAGAAAUCUGAUGACUCCAUACUCCAAAUAAAAUGUGAAAGUUAAAAUAAAAAGGAAGAAAAACAAAAACAAAACAAAAACAAACAAAAAAAAUCAAACAGACAAACAAAACAAAUCGAAUAAAUUGUAAUAAUUCUGGAUGAAGAGGAUGUUAGUACAAUAGUUUCACUGAGAGGAUUUUGUCCAACCUCGUUCCCAGGGUCUCUCAUCUUUUCGCCCCUAGGGGCAAAAAGAUGAGAGACCCUUGGAACGAGGUAGGAUUUUGUCACACUGUGCAGUGGCACAACGGCGAGGCGGAAUCGAGUGUGUUACUGAUAUUCUUACCAACUUUUGACGUCUUUCUUCUGUGAUCUCUUACUUAACAGACCCGCUGCAACGUGCAACAUUGUUCCCUGGGCUUUUUCCCUUAGCUAAGGGAAAAGGCCCUGGGAACGAGGUUGUGCAACGUGGAAUCUGUUUGUCUUCUAUAACAAAGAACCAAAAUGUGGUUAGUGGUGACGUCAUCUAUUCGUAUGCCCUAAGAACUAAUUAAAAAAAUGCGUGAAUGA